CCCCCAACAACGCAACCAUGUCUUCCGCCGCCGACUCCGCAGUCAGGCACCAGGCCGUUGUGCCGGAUAAGCUGCCCACGGGAGAGUACCCUCUCAUCGACAAUGACCCCCACAUUUCCCGCGUAAUUCGGUACGCGCGCCCGUCGGAUUGGGCGUACGGCGCGGCCCUCGGAGCCCUAAGCCCGGGUCUGAUGCUGUACUGGGAAAAGAUGUCACCGUCGAUGGUGGGCAAGGGCGGAUUUGCGCCCAUCAUGCGGCUCAGCGGCGCCGUUGGUGUGACUGGCUGCUUCAUGUUUGCCUACUCGAGGUCAUGCAUGCGUUUCUAUGGCGCGCGCGAGAACCGGCGCGAGGUAGACAUGGAUAUGCGCGAGAUGGUGGACAAGGUCAAAAAGGGCGAGCCGCUAUAUGGGAAAUCCGAAAUGUCAGAGUACUUGCAGGGAGUUGCUCACCGAAACUCGCGCUACGCCGCUACAUUUUCCCACGUCAUUCCAUGGCCAAACUUGGUUCACCACCCGUACCACGGCAUCGAUACCGCAAAGUACUACCGCCAGGCUGAGUUGGAGCUGGAGCAGGAGAGACUCGCUAGGGAAGGCCGAUAGAAAAAAAAGCUGCCCCCAAACCCGAGACCAAAGGAAGAGCGUAUUUUUGUUCUAGUCACAUGGCUGUACAUAGGUUAAAACAAGCCAAGUCAGAGUGUAUC